AUUGGUUUAAUGAUUUCACCUGAAUAAUGUGCUUCUGGUUUGCUCUGAAGUUAUCUCAGUGUUGCAAGUGAAUUCUGCAUAUUAUGACCUCUGCAAUUCCCAAAAACGCUGCCUCCUUAAAGAGACAAUGCGCUAUGGAGGUCCACAAUCAACACCAAGCAACCAUCAUGGAUAACCUGAACAACAUGAGGAAACAGGAAACUCUUUGUGAUGUGACUCUGGUGGUCCAAGGGAAGUCUUUCGCUGCCCACCGAGCUGUGCUUGCAGCUGCGAGCCAUUUCUUCAGGCUGAUGUUCACCACUAAAAUGAUGGAGUAUACGUCACAAGAGGUGGAACUGAGGGGUGCCGAACCUACCAUCGUUGAGCUACUGAUUGAAUUCAUCUACACAGCCAAGAUCUUGGUGAACAGCAGUAAUGUCCAGUCAUUGUUGGAUGCAGCUAACCAAUACCAGCUCGAGCCAGUGAAGAAAAUGUGUGUGGAGUUUAUUAAAGGACAGAUUGAUGCUACAAACUGCCUUGGAAUCUCUGCCUUAGCUGACUAUCUGAAUUGUGCAGAACUAAAGGCAGUAGCAGAAGACUUUGUGCUGUUGCAUUUCACUGAAGUUUAUAAGCAGGAAGAGUUUCUGAUGCUUGAUGUGACUCGACUUGCUCAUCUUCUCCACCAGGACCAGCUUGCUGUUCAGUCUGAGGCUCAGAUUUAUAAUGCAGCUGUACACUGGCUCAAGUACGAUGUCUGCAACAGAAAGCAGUAUAUUGCGGAGGUGCUGGGAUGUGUUCGUUUUCCAUUUGUUUCCAAGACUUUCCUGUACAAGAUUCUACAGGAUGAACCCCUUAUGCAGGACAACCCACAAUGGCUAAAGAUGGUCAUGAGUGGACUGAGAUGCCACCUGGCCCCUGACCAACAGCAGCUUCAGCCUCGACGCAACAAAUGCAACCACAUAAUCGCUGUGUUUGGAAGCCCCCGGUUACAGACUACAAACUGCUACUACUUUAACCCUAAGGAGUGUGCCUGGACAGAAGUUGGGAGCGCAUCUAUUAAGAGUCAAAAAGGCACAGCAGUUUUCUGUAAUAAUGUGAUCUACAUUACAAGUGGGCACAGGGCCUAUCAAAUGGCUGCCUACAAUGUCCUGACGAGAAAGAUUCAGUUACUGUCUGCUCCACCCACAAAUCGGGAGUUUGUAGCUACCUGUGCCUCUGAUGGAAAAAUUUACACAUCUGGUGGAGUUAUUGGCCAGUCCACUGUGACUGUCUUUGAAUGUUUUGACACAAAGACAAGGUUGUGGCACGUGAAGCCCAAAAUGUUGGUUGCACGGCGUGACCACGGCUCUGUGGAGGUAAAUGGCCUCAUUUAUGUCUGUGGUGGAACUCACAGUACCAGUGUAUCCAGCAGAAUCCUCAACAAUUGUGAAGUCUUUGAUCCAAACAUUGAGCAAUGGAGUAAGAUAUGUGGAAUGAAAGAUGCCAGGAAGAACCAUGGAUUAGUUGUGGUUAACAAUAGGAUUUAUGCUAUUGGAGGGCAAGGGGCAACAGGAGGACUGAAAUCUGUGGAGUACUAUGACACUGACCGUAACCAGUGGCAUAGUGCAUCACCAGUACCGUGGCGAGGGGUGAGUCUAAAAUGUGCAGCUGUGGGAGAGAGAAUCUAUGUGCUGGCCGGAAAAGGAUUUGAAGGGAUGCCACAUUUAAAGCAUGUACUGGAGUAUAAUACGCGUACUGAUCGGUUAGUACAGCUGGAUAACUUGCCAUAAGACUGAAGCUUUUUCACAACCUACCUGUCUGACAUGUGUAAUCAAUGUGCCCCACAAUGACAAGGAAAAAUAAACCAGUGUCACACCAAAACA